AUGAAAAAUCAUUCGAUCUCCCUAUACGAUCGCAUCUGGCGUCGAGAGGCCGGCGAUGCCUCCCCCUCGGCUAGUAUCCGGGGCCUCUAUGGUUCCAAGGAAUGGAUCGACAAUUUAGACAUCGUCAACGAGCUCGGUGGACACACUGGCUGUGUCAACGCGCUCUCAUGGUCGCGAUCGGGUCAACUGCUGGCCUCGGGCUCCGAUGAUCAUAACCUCAACAUCUACUCCUACCAGCCCGACUCGUCCACCGCCCCAUUCGCCCUCAACACCACCGUCUUCACCGGUCACCGCGCCAACAUCUUCUCCGUCAAGUUCAUGCCUCACUCCAAUGACCGCACCGUGGUCACCUGCGCCGGCGACUCCCAAGUCCGCGUCUUUGACAUCGAACACGCCGCCGCCAACCGCGACGUCGCCGCCACCUCCGCCCUCUCUGCCUCCGCCCGCAGUCAGAACUUCAACAACUUCUUCACCAACACCCGCUACCUGAGCGAGGGCAACACAAACGUCCGCGUCUAUCGCAGCCAUGCCGACCGUGUCAAGCGCAUCGUCACCGAGUCCUCCCCCCACCUCUUCCUGACCUGCUCCGAGGACGGCGAGGUGCGCCAGUGGGACCUGCGCCAGCCCUCCUCCGCCUACCCCAAGCCCCGCGGCGGCCAGGGCUUCAUGGCCUAUCGCCCCGGCUUGGUCCACGACGACUCCAACGUUCCGCCCCCCUUGAUCUCCUACAAGCGCUACCAGCUCGACCUCAACACCAUCUCCUGCUCCCCCUCCCAGCCCCACUACAUCGCCCUGGGCGGCGCGCACCUGCAUUGCUUCCUGCACGACCGCCGCAUGCUGGGUCGGGACCGCGUCGCCGAGACGGGGGCCCCCACGGGCACCCCGCCCCGCAGCACGCGAGAUGACGAGGUCAUGGGCCAGGCCACCCGCUGCGUGCGUCGCUUCGCCCCCGGCGGCCGCCGGCACAUGAACCCGCGCAGCGAGGGGCACAUCACCGCCUGCAAGAUCAGCGACGCCAACCCCAACGAGAUGGUCGUGAGCUGGUCCGGGGACCACAUCUACAGUUUCGAUCUCAUCCGGAGCCCCGAUGCCGCCGCCGCCCGGGCCCGCGGCCAGUCCGUCCGCCAGACCCACGACCCCCGCCGGGUCGCCGACGCUCGGGAUCGCAAGCGCAAGCGCCAGAAGCAACCGUCCACGUCGUCCGCGUCCAGCGGGACGCAGCCGCGCCGCCGCUCACGCGCCCGCGAGGAGGACCCCGAGCUGAAGUUUCGGGUCCGCUACGGCAAUGGCGCGCUGGAGGACAUCUCCAUCCCGUCGCUGGCGGACACCGUCGGCGACACCCAGCAGAACGUCUUUGAGCAGGCCCGGUACGCGGUGCUGAACGAUGCCCAGCGGCUGGGGAUGGAGAUCGCCAAGGGUCUGGUCAAGCUCCGCAAGGCCUUGUUCUCCCUCGAUGCCGCCGUGCGCGAGUGGGACGGGUCCACCGAGGAGGCGCCGUACGCCGACGCGCUGUCCACGGCCUUGACCCAGGCGUCCCGGUCCCUGCCGCGCAUGACCGCCGUCAUGCGCGACUGGCGCUACCCCCUGAAUCCCUCCUGCCACGUCGUCAACAUGCAGCAGACGCUGCGGCACAACCGGGAGUCGUCCUGGCGGUUCGUGCAGGCGGCCGGCACCUUGGCUAAGGCCUUGGGGGCAGACGUCCGGGGCGCGGCCGCAUCGGACGACGACAGCGGUGAUGAUGACGACGUCGAUGACGGAGGGCAGUUCGACCAGAUCCGGCUCGCACCGGGUGAGAAUAACUCCGUGGAUCGCAGCGCCCAGUUCGGCUACGACUUCCUCAAGGCCAUCCUCCUGUUCUUCGCCGGCGGCCGAGAAGCCGUGCGCGCCGGGUUCCUGCGCAACUCCGCCGCGCGACGCAACCAGACACGGUUCCCCCUCGCCGCCGAGGCCGACGACAGCGCCAUCGAGUCUGUCCUGAUCCCGUACCUACAGCGUCUAGCCGGUGACGAGCCCGUGGUCAACGUCGACGCCUCGCGCUUCGAGCACGACUCCAGCCGCAUCUUGUUCCCGACCCAGCAGGCCGCCGUGACCGCGUUCGGCCGCGUGGUUCAGCUGCCCCUGGAGGAUCUGGGUCCUACCGCAGCCGCCCGGGCGGAUCCCGGCACCGGGGAGGAACGGAGCGAUGCGCCGCCCGUGCGCGCUCUGGACCGGUCUGCGGCCGCACGCUUCUGGCAGUUCAAGGUCGGCCGCGGGAUCUUGAUGGCCGCGGGGUCCGGCGUCAACUAUGCCUUCGUCAACCAGGCCUUUGGCGGGCUGCGUAUGACGGUGGAGGAAGAAUCAGAGAGUGAAGGGGCGGUCCCAGAGCGGUCGCAGGACGAUACCGAGGCCACCCGGGAGGAGGAACCGAUCCGCGACGUCCGUCUGAUGAUCGACGGCGGUUCGCCAAGUGGCAGUCCCUCGGACUCGCAACCCCAGCCAGGGCACCGGCGCGAGACCACCAUCGGCCGGAUGUCUGCCAGCGGCAGUGCGGAGAUCAACGAGGAGUUUUUCGAAUGGAAACCGCGCGAAGAUACGGAAGGUGACGGCGAGCCGGAUGGCCCGGCGGAAGACGACGACGAUGACAGCGUGGAGGAUGAAUCCGAGGAUGAAACCUCGGUCAGCGAGGAUGACGAGGACGACCUGAGCAAUCUUAUGGACGAUUCGUCCGACGCAAAUGAUGAUGACGAUGAUCUUACGGGUGAUUAUGAUAUUGAUGCUGAUGAUGGUUCUGGCAACGAGCGCUUACUCCGCAACUAUGGCUUCCAACGCACCAAACGCCACAAUGUGCAUUCCGACAUCCCGUGCUCCUCGCACACCCGGACCUACCGGGGCCAUUGCAAUGUAAAGACCGUCAAGGACGUUAAUUAUUAUGGGAUGGACGACGAGUAUGUGGUGAGUGGUAGCGACUCGGGGCAUGUGUUUAUAUGGGAUCGAAAGACUUGCGAUUUGGUGAAUAUUCUUGAGGGGGAUAGUGAGGUGGUCAAUGUGGUGCAAGGCCAUCCCUACGAACCGACGAUUGCCGCGUCAGGUAUCGACAACACGAUCAAAAUCUUCUCGCCCGACCGACACGCCCAGGAGAACGCCCGCCGCGGCAUCAACAUCCUUGACCCGGAUAACCCGGCCAACACGCUAGGUCCGAAUGUCGAUAGCUCCAUCGGAGGCCUCAAAAGCUGCAAGCGCAUGCACGAUAGCUACCGCAUCAUGAACCAGAACGACGUCAACCGACAAGGUGGUUUAGAUGAUGCGUUCAUCACGAGGAACAUGCUGGCUGAAUUUGCGUCGGCCCUGAGAGAACGACAGGUCCCUGGUGGGGCAGGAAAUAACCCUGGCGUACAGGACGGACCUGCCCUGGUCCUGGAUGACAAUUGCAGUGUAAUGUAA